AGUGUGUGCGCAUGCGGGCAGAUAGAAAACAGUCAUACUCAAGUGACAAGAAGUGCUUGAAACCAGAGCUAAGUUAGGAAGCACAAAACACGGGGUGCCUGGCAGGGAGCCAGAAGUAAUGUGGGGUACAGGGCAGCCGAGAGGGGAACAAAAGUCCAUGCUGCGGGUAACCAGGCCCUUCCGCCUGAGCUGGUCACUUCUGCCUUUGGAGAUGGUUUCGCAAUGGCCGAGUGUGUGAUCAUGGCCUGAGCACAGUGAUGUAGAGGCGGGAGCCGGAUGAGGAUGGACUAGGCUGUGGGCUCCCCCACUCACUCCCACCAGCACCCAGAGAAGUCAGGUUGGAGUGCCACAGGCUGGGUGCUCACGUAACAGCCGUACCUGGCGCUUGCCAUCAUGGUGGGUGGUGAGAGUCCCCAGGGGCUGGGCAGGUCCAACUACGGUUCCAUCUCCAGUCCAUCUGGCCCAGGACCACAGCAAACGCCAGCCCGGGAAACCUACCUGAGUGAGAAGAUCACCAUCCCAGAGGCCGAACCGGGCACAUUCAGCCUUCGGAAGCUGUGGGCCUUCACGGGACCUGGCUUCCUCAUGAGCAUUGCUUUCCUGGACCCCGGGAACAUCGAGUCGGACCUCCAGGCUGGCGCUGUGGCUGGAUUCAAACUGCUCUGGGUACUGCUCUGGGCCACCGUGCUGGGCUUGCUCUGCCAGCGACUGGCUGCCCGGCUAGGCGUGGUGACAGGCAAGGACUUGGGCGAGGUCUGCCAUCUCUACUACCCCAAGGUGCCCCGCAUUCUGCUCUGGCUGACCAUUGAGCUGGCCAUUGUGGGCUCAGACAUGCAGGAGGUCAUCGGCACCGCGAUCGCAUUGAACCUGCUCUCAGCUGGACGAAUCCCGCUCUGGGGUGGCGUCCUCAUCACCAUCGUGGACACGUUCUUCUUCCUCUUUCUGGAUAACUAUGGGUUGCGGAAGCUGGAAGCUUUCUUUGGACUUCUCAUCACCAUCAUGGCCUUGACCUUCGGCUAUGAGUAUGUCGUAGCCCGUCCUGCACAGGGAGCGCUCCUUCGCGGUCUGUGGGUGCCCUCCUGCCCGAGCUGUGGUCAGCCCGAGCUUCUGCAAGCCGUGGGCAUUGUUGGUGCCAUCAUUAUGCCCCACAACAUCUACCUGCAUUCAGCCUUGGUUAAGACUCGCGCUAUAGACCGAGCUCAGCGGGGACGCAUCCGGGAAGCCAACAUGUACUUCCUGAUUGAGGCCUCCAUCGCCCUGUCGGUCUCCUUCAUCAUCAACCUCUUCGUCAUGGCUGUCUUUGGGCAGGCCUUCUACCAGAAAACCAACCAGGAUGCGUUCGACAUCUGCGCCAACAGCAGCCUGCGCGACUAUGCCAAGAUCUUCCCGAGGGACAACAGCACGGUGUCGGUGGACAUUUACCAAGGGGGCGUGAUCCUGGGCUGCCUGUUCGGCCCCGCGGCUCUCUACAUCUGGGCCGUGGGUCUCCUGGCCGCCGGGCAGAGCUCCACCAUGACGGGCACGUACGCGGGACAGUUCGUCAUGGAGGGCUUCCUGAGGCUGCGCUGGUCCCGCUUUGCCCGGGUCCUGCUAACCCGCUCCUGUGCCAUCCUGCCCACCGUGCUUGUGGCUGUCUUCCGAGACCUGAGGGACCUGUCCGGCCUAAACGACCUGCUCAACGUGCUGCAGAGCCUGCUGCUUCCCUUUGCCGUGCUUCCCAUCCUGACCUUCACCAGCAUGCCUGCCAUCAUGCAGGAGUUUGCCAACGGCCUGCUGAGCAAAGCUGUCACUUCCUGCAUCAUGGCUCUAGUCUGUGCCAUCAACCUCUACUUUGUUGUCAGCUACCUGCCUAGUCUCCCACACCCUGCCUACUUCGGCCUUGUCGCUGUGCUGGCUGUAGCCUACCUGAGCCUUACUAUCUACCUGGCCUGGACCUGUUGCCUCGCCCAUGGAGCUGCCUUGCUGAGCCACAGCUCACACCAGCACUUCCUAUAUGGGCUUCCUGAAGAGGAGCAAGAGGAUAGGAUGAGCCCCUCUGCAGGGAAGUAG